CGGAGGAUAGACAAACACUCGCGUAAACAGUUUACCGAUUACCGAGAACCCAAAAGCGGCGGCGGAGACGCUGCUAUGAGGAGACCGUGAGCCAACCGGCGCCGCUACUGACAGGAGAAAACACACCGCAGCAUCCGUGUUCCUACGUAAACACAGCCGGAGUGUGUGUUUGAGUGUGAGUUUGUCCGGCGGUUCAGUGAGGAUGGCCGGCCCGCGGCUCUGCGGCUGAGCGGACACACACGGUACUAUAGAUUAGUUCGGUCACCGGUCAGGAUGAGCGACACCCGACGGCGCGUGAAGGUUUACACGCUGAAUGAAGAGCGGCAGUGGGAGGACAGAGGAACCGGCCAUGUGUGCUGCUCCGCCGAGGACACCGCGCUGUCGGUCACCGCAGAGUCUGACGGGUCACUGCUGCUCGAGUCCAAGAUCAAGCCCAGCACUGCCUAUCAGAAACAGCAGGACACACUGAUCGUCUGGUCUGAAGCGGAGAACUAUGAUCUGGCUCUGAGUUUCCAGGAGAAGGCCGGCUGUGACGAGAUCUGGGAGAAGAUCUGUCAGGUCCAAGGCAAGGACCCGUCAGUGGAGAUCACGCAGGAGCCGGUGGAUGAGUCUGAGGAGGAGCGCUGUGAGGACUCUGGAGCGGAGUGUGAUGCUCUGGAUCUGCCCGAGUGUGUGCCGGAGCGUCUGCAGGAGCUGGCGGAGCUGGUGUCGUCGGUGCUGCCAUCGCCGGUGCGCAGGGAGAAGCUGGCGCUGGCGCUGGUGAGCGGCGGGUACCUGCGGCAGCUGCUGCUGCUGUUCCGGCGCUGUGAGGAGCAGGAGAACCGGCCGCGGCUGCAGCAGCUCUUCCAGAUCCUGCGCGGGCUGCUGUUCCUCAAUAAGGCGGCGCUGUUCGAGGUGCUGUUCUCCGACGACUGCAUCAUGGACGUGGUGGGCUGCCUGGAGUACGACCCCGCGCUGCUGCAGCCCAAACGCCACCGGGACUUCCUCACCAAGACGGCACGCUUCCGGGAGGUGAUCCCCAUCCAGGACUCGGAGCUGCGGCAGAAGAUCCACCAGACCUACCGCGUGCAGUACAUCCAGGACAUCAUCCUGCCCACGCCCUCCGUCUUCGAGGAGAGCUUCCUGUCCACGCUCUCCUCCUUCAUCUUCUUUAACAAAGUGGAGAUCGUCGCCAUGCUGCAGGUGCACACCUGCGAGGACAUCCGCUCGCUCACUGCACACAUUGUGGAGAACUUCCAGAGCGCGCUGCAGUCCAUCCAGUAUGUGCAGACCUUCAAGGGCCUGAAGGGGAGAUACGAGCAGGAGCAGGAGCGCCAGAGCCGCGGCCUCAGCAGGUUCCGCAGGGACGCGCGCUCCUUUCCGGAGGAUGAAGAGCUGUGGAAGGAGGAAGAGGAGGAUGAGGAGGAGCCAGCGCACACCGAGACGCAACACUGCAAGAGCGACUACGGGAGAUUCAUGGAGAGCGAGAAAAGCAGCAGCGGCAGCUUCAAGUUCACCUUCUCCCACUCUGCAGCGUCUGCUAACAGCGCUAAAGCUACAUCUGCGUCAUCCAGCGGAGCCAGCACUGCAGCCAGGACGGCGCUGGUGGAUUACCCAGAUGAUGAAGAUGAGGAUGAGGAUGAUGAUGAAGAUCAGCAGGCUCCACACAAGCGCCCCCGUCUGGGCUCGUAGAGCGGUGCAGGGGCUGCUGGGAGAUCAUCUGCGCAGGCUAGCAGGACUAGACUGAACACUAGCGCUGCUGCUCUGAGCCCUGAUCCUGCGCUACACACACCUGUGAUGCUGACGAGAGAGUGUGUGUGUGUGUGUGUGUGUGUGUAUUAAACUGUGCGUUUGCUGCAGUAAUGCUGAAGUGUGUGUGUGUGGAUCAGAGACGGAGUGUGUCUUCAGGGUGUCUGAGGUGCGGGCCGGGCCGGCGUGGAGCCGCUGCUCUGGGUUUUGUACACUUUCCUACUGGCUCGUCUCGCUCGUUUGUAUAAAAAUUGAUAUUUUUUACCAUUUUCAGAUUAAAUUUGGUCCUGCAAUCA